GCGAGGUGCGCGCUGGCGGCGCGGCCGGCAGAAAAAGCGCCGCGAGGGCGGCGGGGCGGGACAGAGCGGGGCGGAGGCUGCGCCCGGCGGAGCGGGCAGCGCAGCGCGGCGGCGGCCCCGGCCCUGGCCCUAUGGGCGGGCGGGCCGGGAGCGGCGCGCAGAGGCUGCCCCCGCUGGCGCCCGCCCCCCCGGCGGCGGAGAAGGGCCCCGCACCGGCGCGGCCGCGGCUGCAGGCGGCGAUGCGGUCGCCCAGCUGAAGGCGCGGCGCCCGCUGCCCGAGGAGAGGGGCCGUCGCCGCCGCCGGGCCCAUGGCCGUGCGCGGCGGGAGCGCCCUGACGCCCUUCUCCAUCCAGGCGAUCCUCAACAAGAAGGAGGAGCGCGCCCGGCACUCGGCGGCGCGGCCGCCGCCCCCAGGGGGAGCCGGCGGCUGGCGGCUCUGCGGCGCGGCGGCGGCCGCCGACGGCCCGCGGCUGCCCUCGCCCGCCCCGGCCCGCGCCGCCGCCGCCCGCACGCCGGCGGGCUGGGACUCGGACUCGGCGCUCAGCGAGGACCCCGAGGGCGAGCGGCGCUCCGAGGAGGAGGGCGCCGGCGGCAGCGCCCGCCCCGCCGAGGCCGCGCCGGGGGCGCCGCGCCAGGAGCCGCCCGAGCGCGACGCCGCCGCCCUCAGCGACAGCGAGAUGUCGGCCGCCGUCUCAGAUCGCAGCCCGCCGGAGGAGGAGGACGGCGCGGGCAAGUGCGGGAAGCUGCUGCCGGGGGAGGAGGAGGCGGCGGCGCCGAAGCCGCGGAAGAAGCGCUCCCGCGCGGCCUUUUCCCACGCGCAGGUCUUCGAGCUGGAGCGGCGCUUCAACCACCAGCGCUACCUGUCGGGGCCCGAGCGGGCCGACCUGGCCGCCUCGCUGAAGCUCACCGAGACGCAGGUGAAGAUCUGGUUCCAGAACCGGCGCUACAAGACCAAGCGGCGGCAGAUGGCCGCCGACCUGCUGGCCGCGGCGCCCGCCGCCAAGAAGGUGGCCGUCAAGGUGCUGGUGCGCGACGACCAGAGACAGUACCACCCCGGCGAGGUGCUGCGGCCGCCCUCGCUGCUCUCCCUGCAGCCCUCCUACUACUACCCCUACUACUGCCUGCCCGGCUGGGCUCUGUCCACCUGCGCCGCAGCCGCCGGCACCCAGUGACGGGCCCCCCCUGCACACGCCCCCCCGCGCGCACUGGCGGCCAGGAGACCGGUGUCCCCUCUGUGCCCCCGGCUCCUCAGAUCCGGAGCCCCCGCUGCAGCUCUCGGUGCCUUGGACAGUAUUUAUUAUUAUUUUAUUGUUAUUUUUAUUAUUAAUAUUAUUUGGAUGAUUCCUCACCCUCUCCUCUCCAGCGUAGGACUUCUCGGCCAGCCCCCCCGCGGCUCCCACCCCUCCCCAGCCCGCCAGCCGAGGACUCUUGCGAUUCGGCACAACUCGUUCAUGGUAUCCAUGUUGUCGGUGUAUUCGGUGUAGACUUUUGUUUGUCUCUUUCGUUUCGCUUCGGAUUGGUAGAGACUCGAUCUUAUGUGGGAGAGAGAGAGAGAGAGAGAGGAAAAAAAAAGGAGAGAGAGAAAAAAAAACCCCAAACCAAAAGCAGCUCAAAAGAAGAGAUCAAGGACUCCCUCGGCGGAUUGUAAGGAAGAUUAUUUUUUAUGUCCGAGUCCUUGCUCUUCCAACUCGCUGCAGACUGAGUGUGCCUUGUAUGGUGCUGAAUGUAAGGAAGCUCUUUCAGAUCCCCCCUGCUCUCGUUGCCCAUGUUAUUCCUGUACUCCAUGAUCCCUGGCAAAGGAUAAAUAUGUCACAAAAGGGUGAGACUUGUAUCGAAACUCAAGACUUCUUUUUCUCUUUCCUGAGAUCUUUCCGUGUUGGGGGAGGGAGGAGUUACAGAUUUUUCGCACUUUCCAGUUGUAUUAAAGUUGUUGUUGUUAUUAUUUUUAUAUUCAAUGUGAAUAUUUCUAGUCAGGCUUUUUAAGAAAUCGAUGUAAUAGGGAGUUUUAAUGCCAUCAGUGCCUUCUACAGUUUUUCUGCAGACCUCUCCUUCGGGGCGGGAUUUCUGAUCUGCUCAGCAAUGUAAUUACAGUCUCUUUUUCAAGUUAACUCAUCGCUUUUUUUUCUCCUUUUCUCUUUUAAUGGCACUGUGCACUCAAUUAGAUUAUUUACUUCAAAUGAAUUGUGAAUGUUUGUAAGCUACCCGCUGUACUUUUUUUUUUUAAUUUAUAAACUUUAGUUUAACACCUA